CGGAGGGGCUUGUGGGUAGCGGAGGCGCGCGACCGAGUAGGGACGCGGCUCGUACUGCGUGUGAGGGGAGCGGGCUUGUGGGCGCGCGAGGCGGCCGGCGGCGAUAUGCGGGUGGACUGGCGGCGGCCCUAGCGGCCUGAGCCCCGAGGGCGGGGCGGUGCGGCGCGGGCGCCCCUUCCCCGCUCCCGCUCGCCGAGUCCUGGCGAGCUCGCUACCGGCCGGGUGGCGCGCGUGCGGCUGAGGGGCGGGGACGCCGUGUGCCUCGCUGCUCCCGGCCGGGCCGGGCGGCUCCUCAGACAGCGGCGCGCGGCGGGCCCGGGCGGAGGUUCCGCGGGCGGUGCUAGGCCCGGCGAAGCGGCAUGAGCCGGCCCCCGCCGACGGGGAAAAUGCCCGGCGCCCCGGAGGCCGCGCCGGGGGACGGGGCGGGCGCGGGCCGUCAGAGGAAGCUGGAGGCACUCAUCCGAGACCCUCGCUCGCCCAUCAACGUGGAGAGUCUGCUGGAUGGCUUAAAUUCCUUGGUCCUUGAUUUGGAUUUUCCUGCUUUGAGGAAAAAUAAAAAUAUAGAUAAUUUCUUAAAUAGAUAUGAGAAAAUUGUGAAAAAAAUCAGAGGUUUACAGAUGAAAGCAGAAGACUAUGAUGUUGUAAAAGUUAUUGGAAGAGGUGCUUUUGGUGAAGUUCAGUUGGUGCGCCAUAAGGCAUCACAGAAGGUUUAUGCAAUGAAGCUUCUUAGUAAAUUUGAAAUGAUAAAAAGAUCAGAUUCUGCUUUUUUCUGGGAAGAAAGAGAUAUUAUGGCCUUUGCCAACAGUCCCUGGGUGGUUCAGCUCUUUUGUGCCUUUCAAGAUGACAAGUACCUGUACAUGGUGAUGGAGUACAUGCCAGGGGGAGACCUUGUUAACCUGAUGAGUAAUUAUGACGUGCCUGAAAAAUGGGCCAAGUUUUAUACUGCUGAAGUAGUGCUCGCACUGGAUGCAAUACACUCUAUGGGCUUAAUCCACAGAGACGUGAAGCCCGAUAACAUGCUGUUGGAUAAACAUGGACAUCUAAAAUUAGCAGAUUUUGGCACAUGUAUGAAAAUGGAUGAAACAGGCAUGGUGCAUUGCGAUACAGCAGUUGGAACUCCUGAUUACAUAUCACCUGAAGUUCUGAAAUCACAAGGAGGUGAUGGUUACUAUGGGCGAGAAUGUGAUUGGUGGUCUGUAGGUGUUUUCCUUUUUGAGAUGUUAGUAGGGGACACUCCAUUUUAUGCAGAUUCACUUGUAGGAACCUACAGCAAAAUUAUGGAUCAUAAAAAUUCACUAUGUUUUCCUGAAGAUACAGAAAUUUCUAAACAUGCGAAGAAUCUCAUAUGUGCCUUCUUAACAGACAGGGAGGUGCGACUUGGAAGAAAUGGGGUAGAAGAAAUCAAACAGCAUCCUUUUUUUAAGAAUGAUCAGUGGAAUUGGGAUAACAUAAGAGAGACGGCAGCUCCAGUGGUACCUGAGCUCAGCAGUGACAUAGACAGCAGCAACUUUGAUGACAUUGAGGAUGACAAAGGCGAUGUAGAGACCUUCCCGAUUCCUAAAGCUUUUGUGGGAAAUCAGCUGCCUUUUAUAGGAUUUACCUACUUUAGAGAAAAUUUGUUACUAAGUGACUCUUCACCUUGUAGAGAAAAUGAUGCAAUACAAACAAGGAAAAGUGAAGAAAGUCAGGAGAUUCAGAAAAAAUUAUAUGCACUAGAAGAACACCUUAGCAGUGAGGUACAAGCCAAGGAGGAGCUGGAACAGAAGUGCAAAUCAAUUAAUACUCGCCUAGAGAAAACAGCAAAGGAGCUAGAAGAGGAGAUUACCUUAAGGAAAACUGUGGAAUCAACAUUAAGACAACUGGAAAGAGAAAAGGCCCUUCUUCAGCAUAAAAAUGCAGAAUAUCAGCGGAAAGCUGAUCAUGAGGCUGACAAGAAACGGAAUUUGGAAAAUGAUGUUAACAGCUUAAAAGAUCAACUUGAAGAUCUGAAGAAAAGAAAUCAGAGCUCUCAGAUAUCCACUGAGAAGGUCAAUCAGCUACAGAAACAACUGGAUGAAGCUAAUGCGUUGCUGAGAACAGAGUCUGAUACUGCAGCACGGUUAAGAAAAACCCAGGCAGAAAGUUCCAAACAGAUUCAGCAGCUGGAAUCUAACAAUAGAGAUCUACAAGAUAAAAACUGCCUGCUUGAGACUGCCAAGUUAAAACUUGAAAAGGAAUUUAUCAAUCUUCAGUCAGCUCUAGAAUCUGAAAGAAGGGACCGGACCCAUGGAUCAGAGAUAAUUAAUGAUUUACAAGGUAGAAUAUCUGGAUUGGAAGAAGAUUUGAAGACUGGCAAAGCCUUACUAGCCAAAGUAGAGCUGGAGAAGAGACAGCUACAGGAGAGGCUCACCGACUUAGAGAAGGAAAAGAGCAACAUGGAAAUAGAUAUGACAUAUCAACUGAAAGUCAUACAGCAGACUUUAGAACAAGAAGAAGCUGAACACAAGACCACAAAAGCACGGCUAGCGGAUAAAAAUAAGAUCUAUGAAUCCAUUGAAGAAGCUAAAUCAGAAGCCAUGAAAGAAAUGGAGAAGAAGCUGUUGGAAGAGAGGUCUUUAAAGCAGAAGGUGGAGAACCUACUCCUGGAGGCCGAGAAAAGAUGUUCUAUAUUGGACUGUGACCUCAAACAGUCUCAGCAGAAACUAAAUGAGCUGCUGAAGCAGAAAGAUGUGCUAAAUGAGGAUGUUAGAAAUUUGACAUUAAAAAUAGAGCAGGAAACUCAGAAGCGUUGUCUUAUGCAAAAUGACCUGAAGAUGCAGACCCAGCAAGUUAACACCCUAAAAAUGUCAGAAAAGCAAAUAAAACAAGAAAAUAAUCAUCUUAUGGAAAUGAAAAUGAACUUGGAAAAGCAAAAUGCUGAACUUCGAAAAGAGCGGCAGGAUGCAGAUGGGCAGAUGAAGGAACUGCAAGACCAACUUGAAGCAGAGCAGUAUUUCUCAACCCUCUAUAAAACACAAGUUAGAGAACUUAAAGAAGAAAAUGAAGAGAAGACUAAACUUUGUAAAGAGUUGCAGCAGAAGAAGCAGGAUUUACAGGAUGAAAGAGACUCUUUGGCUGCCCAGCUCGAGAUUACCCUUACCAAAGCGGAUUCUGAGCAGCUGGCUCGGUCCAUUGCUGAGGAACAAUAUUCUGAUUUGGAAAAAGAGAAGAUCAUGAAAGAACUGGAGAUCAAAGAGAUGAUGGCUAGACACAAACAAGAACUUACUGAAAAGGAUGCUACAAUUGCAUCUCUUGAAGAAACAAAUCGGACACUAACUAGUGAUGUUGCAAAUCUUGCAAAUGAGAAAGAAGAAUUAAACAACAAGCUGAAAGAUACCCAAGAACAACUGUCAAAGUUGAAAGAUGAAGAGAUCAGUGCAGCAGCUAUUAAAGCACAGUUUGAGAAGCAGCUGCUGAAUGAGAGAACACUCAAGACUCAAGCUGUGAAUAAAUUGGCAGAGAUCAUGAAUCGAAAAGAACCUGUGAAGCGUGGUAGUGACACAGAUGUGCGAAGAAAAGAGAAGGAAAACAGAAAGCUACAUAUGGAGCUUAAGUCAGAACGUGAAAAAUUGACACAACAGAUGAUCAAGUAUCAGAAAGAACUGAAUGAAAUGCAGGCUCAAAUAGCUGAAGAGAGCCAAAUUCGAAUAGAACUCCAGAUGACCCUGGACAGUAAGGACAGUGACAUUGAGCAGCUGCGGUCACAGCUCCAGGCCUUGCAUAUUGGUAUGGACAGUUCCAGUAUAGGCAGUGGACCAGGGGAUGCUGAGCCUGAUGAUGGAUUCCCAGAAUCAAGAUUAGAAGGAUGGUUGUCAUUGCCUGUACGGAACAACACUAAAAAGUUUGGAUGGGUUAAAAAGUAUGUGAUUGUAAGCAGCAAAAAGAUUCUUUUCUAUGACAGUGAACAAGAUAAAGAGCAGUCUAACCCUUACAUGGUGUUAGACAUAGACAAGCUAUUUCAUGUCCGACCUGUUACUCAGACAGAUGUAUACAGAGCAGAUGCUAAAGAAAUUCCAAGGAUAUUUCAGAUUCUAUAUGCCAAUGAAGGAGAAAGUAAAAAAGAACCAGAAUUUCCAGUGGAACCAGUGGGAGAAAAAUCUAAUUAUAUUUGCCACAAAGGACAUGAGUUUAUUCCUACUCUUUAUCACUUCCCAACCAACUGUGAAGCAUGUAUGAAGCCACUGUGGCACAUGUUUAAACCUCCUCCUGCUUUAGAGUGCCGUAGGUGCCACAUUAAAUGUCAUAAAGAUCACAUGGACAAAAAGGAAGAGAUCAUAGCACCCUGCAAAGUUUAUUAUGAUAUAUCAUCGGCAAAGAAUCUGUUGUUAUUAGCGAAUUCAACAGAAGAACAACAGAAAUGGGUUAGUCGGUUGGUGAAAAAGAUACCUAAAAAGCCUCCAGCUCCAGACCCUUUUGCCCGAUCAUCCCCUAGAACUUCAAUGAAAAUACAACAAAACCAGUCCAUUCGGCGGCCCAGUCGACAGCUUGCUCCAAACAAACCAAGCUAACUGCCUUCUAUGAAAGCAGUUUUUGAAGGUGAUCAUAUUCUUCCAGCCACAAGACUGAAAUAUGAUUUCUCAAAACCUAACUAAAAAGCUAUAUUUUAUUGAGACACAUACAUACAUACCCCACGCUUGCGCUACCUUCCCCCUGAAAUAAUUACAAAUCAUGGAGAGGUUUUUCUGGGCUACUUUGAAACAAGUUGAACAAACAGUGGUUGGUGAGUAAAGGUGUCCCACAGUUCUCCCAGACUUGCUUCAUAAAGCUCUUGGCAGUCACACUACAUCGCGCAGGAUUGAGAAGAGUUUAAAGAAAUCACAUUUCAGCUUCAGCAGAGGGUUUCACCAGCAUAUUAGCCAGAAGAAUUUGGGAGUAAAUCCCACUACAGUAAUGCUGACUGCAUCUUUAAGAAGUGACCAUGAUGUUAUGUUCAUGUAUGUAUAUACAUAUGAGUUGAGCCUCAUGUAUAUAUACACACACAUACACAUAAACAUAUCGUACUGUAAUACUGCUAUGUUUUUUUAACUUACCAUUUUAUUUUUUAUACACAUCAAUCAGAUAUCAUUAUUUCAGUUGCAACUAUGCACUUGUAUAAAGCCAUAAUGUUGGAGUUUAUAUCCUUCAUUCAUGUACCUGAUAAGGAGUUGCAUGUUUGUGUAAAAAAAUAACUGUAACAAGAAAUUUGAAGUUAAUUAUUCCAGUUUCCUAAUGCUUAAGGUAGGCAACUUUACCCAUUUUGAAUGCCUUAAUUUAAUUUUCUCUCCCCUCAAAUCUCAACCUUUUUCUAUAUUUAACUAAAGAAAGAACAAGUGUUUACCAGCUCUUAGGACGCAGCUUGCUUUGUGGGGAAAGUAGUGCACUAUUUUACGUGUAGUAGUUAUAUCAGUGUCGGCCUAUUUGAUGCGUAACGGUUUUUAAUGUACUUGGUCAUAGAAACAAUAAUGGGUUAUAUUGAAACUAAUGUGUAUGCUGUACAUUUGUUGUUUUUUCCCAUCCCUCUUUACAGACUUCAGCUAGUCUGUAACUAUAGAAUAUUUCCUUUGCUUUCAACUUGCUGGUUACCCUAGAUAUGUUUUUAUUUAUGGUAAAGACAAUUUUUCACAUUUUCAUUCAGUAUCCAAAAAAUUGUCUCAAAUAUAAGGAAAACUAACAUGUACUGUGUAGAUAUAUUUUAAAUAUUUAAAUGUGAUCCUAAAACACCUGUGUAUGGCAGUAUUUCAGCUUUGAUAUCUGGGAAGAGGCAGCCUCAGAAGUGCUUAUUUGAUUUUCACUGUUAAGUGCUGCUGAGGCUAGAGAACAGGCUAUCCUGCCAUGCGACUGGCCCAGGCAAGUGUGCUUCACCCAUAGCAGUGGGCAGCAUCGGGCGCUGUACAUAUGCGAAGUUCAAUAUGAUAUUGAAAUGUUUGCCUGAUAUUUUAGUGAAGCCAGUAGACAUUUUUGAUCACUUCUUUCUGGGGUCAGUGUAGAGAUGUAAAAAGUUUGAUCCUCAUUAUAGUUUAUUGUGGCAAUAGUGGGUGUUGGCCCACUGAUACACUAAAUUGAGUUCUGUGACCUUCAGAUGGCCCAGUUUUCUUCUUUCAUGCUGUCUGUUAAGAUUACAUGUGCAUGCCAUUUCCCUGGAAGCAGCUGUGCUCUGGUUUGGAACACAACUGCUUCCUCCCUCUCCUCCCUCCCUCCUUCCUUGAGGUUUAAAAAUGAAAAUAUAUAAAAUUUAUAUAGAAGAACUAUUUCCAUUCAUUAGAGUUGUUUAAGAGGAGACUGAAUUAAUAUUUUAUAUAAAGAUUUUGUUACUAUGGGAGGUUCUAUCCUAUUCUGAAUUGGAGAGUAUAUAUAUAUAUAUUUUUUUAAUAAACUUUAUUAAGGUGAAAUAAUGUCAAGUUUACACAUGAAUAAUUGAAGUGUUUGAGUAAAAAAGGCAAAAGUUUUAGUUUUGGAUGCUGUUCAUGUAUAUAUGUGUAAGAGUUUGGAGAAUCAAGGUGUGAUACAACUGUACAAGGCAAUUAAUGUGAAGGAUUCAGGGGAAGAAAACAUUCUGAGGGGUGAAAAGAUCUCUCCGUGGAGCAUCUUCACAUAUGCUUUAGUAGGGAUUUAUAAGGGUCAUUGUCCAACUGUCAGAAUUCCAAGUGAAAGCCACAUGACCUUAGAGAAGCGUUUGCUUCUCCCACUGUCCUUUGCAUGUACGUGGAUGCACGUACCUGCCAUUGUCUCCCCAACCCAACAAUCGUUACAAGAGCAACCUAAUUUUGUGCCAGUUUCCUUUUUUCUUGAGGCCUCCAGUUCUUCAAGAUAAGUGCGAACCUGCACAAAUACUGCUUCCUUUGUUCAGUGCCCCAGAGCUAUAAAUACUUGCAUUUGGGACCUGAAAGACAGGGAAUGCUGGGUUUCCUUAGUUGGAUGCUAUUCUUUUGCUUUGUGGAAAAAAAAAAGACAGAAGUAAAAGAAAAACUUAAGUACCAGUAUUACUGUUGAAAAUUAAUGUAGAAUUAAUUUUUAAGUAUUAAUUUUCAGUAACAUCUAAAAGCAAGAUUUAAGAAAAACAAAAAACAAAAAACCUGUGCUCCCAAGGGAAGGCUGUUGUUUGUGGCCGGCCUUUGAGAGGCCACGCCCUAGAGGGGCUUUCCUCAGUUCGUGGAGAUCCUAGUGAGCCUUGCUCAAGGCUGCCAACCCAGCUGAAAACAUCAUGCUGCUGCUGCCAGGCUGUUAGAUUACUAGGGUGAAGUAAGAGAAACUCAGACACUAAUUAACCUAAUAGAGAUGCUUUAAGCAGCAUGUUGACGCCCCUGGUAAAGCAAGUAGCUUCUGAGCUUCUCAGACCCUUGACUGCUACUGAUUCUCUUUUUCUGUCUGAAGAUGACUUCAGCUCCCCUGGCUGGUGGAGGUGCCACAGCCAAUGUUAAAGCACUUUGACAAGCACUGUGUGACAGUGCUGAGUGGUGUUCCCUGGGACCUUGCCUUGCUCCCUUCCCUGUGGUGACUUUUGUUUGGAACUGUAAUAAGUUAUAAACAGCAUGAUUUAGAGAGUCAUCUUGGACCAGCCCUUUCCCCCAACCAAAAAUAAAAAUCAUCCCCACUUGAUUUAUUUUUUAUUUUGUUGCAUCUUUGUAGUAAUGUAAUUGUAUUUUUAUGCCUGCUUUUUGUUUAAAAAAUAAAUAAAAGAAACUAAGAUAUAAGUA